GGAGUUUGUUUUCCUGUCAAAGUCUUCAAGUUCGUGAGCUCGGUUGCGCUGCGGGCGGAGUUGUUUAUUGUUUUUGCUAUUUUUUCCGAUGAGUUCCACCCGGUCGGUAUCUAUCUCGGGGUGAAUCUGAAGUUCGACAGUCGAAUUCAAUGUAGAGCUCGCAAACAACCCGCAGUUUCGUGCCAUUCCUGCUCUAAACAAGUCGAGAAAGGACCUCCAAAUUUCCGUUAGGCAAACCUCGAUCGCUCAUCGCCAGGAUAAUGAAGCGCCACGACAACACGCUCCUUUACGAGCUGCUUCCCAUCAUUCUUUGCGGCCUCGCAAUUCCGCUUUCUAUUUUCAUGUGGCUCGGAAACAUCGCUUUCUCCAAAAUCAAAUGGGGCAGCGAAAUGGACGCUGAAAAUUCAGUGAUUCCGCCGACGCGAUGGCUCUUCUCCACGCUGGCGCCCAUCAUGCUGAUGGUGUAUGCGAUCAAACGCAAGGCGGUCAGCAAGUCGGGCGCUGUUCUAGGUAUCAUCAUUGCAAUUAUUCUAUCGAUUGCAAGUCAUGCUUUCUUCGCGUCACUGGUCGUUUUCUUCUUCACGUCCUCGCGGGCAACCAGAUUCCGGGGUGAGAUGAAACGGUCAUUUGAGGCGGACCAUAAAGGAGGCGAAGGGAAGAGAAACUGGACUCAAGUCCUGUGCAACGGGGGCAUGGCCACUCAACUGGCUCUCCUGUAUCUCCUCGACUGCGGAAGUGGCGAGCGUCCGAUUAAUUUUUCGGAGCACUAUCGAUCGAGCUGGCUGGGAAUCGGAAUCAUGAGUGCAUUCGCCAGCUGCAACGGUGAUACUUGGGCCAGCGAACUAGGAACAGUUUUAAGCUCGGCAGACCCCUUUCUGAUAACAACAUGGAAACGUGUUCCGCGCGGGACAAACGGAGGAGUCUCCUUCAUUGGGAUUCUGCUGAGUUUCAUUGGAGGUGCAUUCGUUGGCCUCGGCUACUAUCUAACAGUUCGCUACACAGUUGAUUCGCCACUCCUCAUCGUCAGCCCAGUACAGUGGCCCUUAAUUAUUUACGGUGGAAUUGCAGGUUUGCUAGGUUCCCUUGUUGACUCACUGCUAGGAGCCACGUUACAGUACUCUGGCGUCGACCGAAGCGGAAAAAUUGUCGAUCAUUAUACGGAUGAUGUCAAGUAUAUCAGCGGUUUGAGAAUUCUAGAUAAUCAUAGUGUAAAUUUAAUCUCGAGUAUUGUGAUGGGGGUUUUGAUGCCUAUAAUUGCGUUGAAGACGUGGCCAUUGAUCUAUUGAAAUUUGACCGACUGAUUUACAUUCGAAUAGUCACAAAGGUUGACUGGUUGUUUGAUUUUAGAGUUAGGCUCGUUUUAUGAUUCAUGUUUUGUUAAGUUGCUAAAAAUAAGAGAAACAUUUCAAUCCACAUUGCGUAUUGCAUGCUACAUUCUAUGUCUAUGGUCCCAGUUUCAAUGUAUAAUUCGUUGAAUUAUUAACUAUUAAUUAACUCAAUGCAAGAACUGAUCCCAUUGAAUUGUUAUAUUUAAGUUUUGUGCAAUAACCCUCUUUAAGGUAUAAAAAUAUAUAUUUUCAUUAACGGAG